AUGUCUUCUUCAAAUAUGUCUAAAAGAGUUAAAGGAGCAGCAAUCGGAAUUGAUCUUGGAACUACCUAUUCGUGUGCUGGUGUCUGGCUUCCCAACAAAAAUCGGGUGGAGAUCAUACCAAAUGAACAAGGAAACAAGAUCACUCCAUCUAUCGUAGCAUUCAAUGACACAGAAGUCUUGGUAGGCGAGGAUGUUAAGCGUUUGAUUGGGAGCAGGUUUGGUGACCCUCAAGUGCAGAAGGAUAUGGAGUCGUGGCCUUUCAAGGUCAUUGGAGGACCUUUGGAGAAGCCAACUAUCGUAGUCGAGUUCAGGGGCGAUGAAAAGAGAUAUGCACCUGAAGAAUUAUCUGCCAUGGUUCUCAAGAAGAUGACAGAGGCUUGUGAAGAAUUUCUUGGGACCAAAGUCACUGAUGCUGUGAUCACUGUUCCUGCUUAUUUUAACAGCAUGCAACGAGAGGCAACAAAGGAAGCAGCAGUUAUAGCCGGCCUUAAUGUGAUGCGUUUGAUAAAUGAGCCUACAGCUGCUGCAAUUGCAUAUGGUGUCGACAAUAUGACAGAGAAGGAUAAGAACAUAUUGGUCUUUGAUUUGGGAGGCGGAACCUUUGAUAUAUCUCUUUUGACAGUUAGUAACACAGGUGUUAUUGAUGUCAAAGCUGUUGGAGGCGACACUCAUUUAGGUGGCGAGGAUUUUGAUAUUACACUCGUCAAUCACUGCAUUAAGGAGUUCAAGAAAAAACACAAUGAGGACUUGAGCAGAAAUCCUAGAGCCUUGGCCAAGUUGAAAGUUGCUUGUGAGAAAGCAAAGAGGGACUUAUCCUCAACCACUGUAACAUCAAUUGAUAUUGAAUGUUUAUAUAAUGGCAUUGAAUUUUCGACCAAAAUCAGCAGAGCCAAAUUUGAGGAAUUAAAUUCAAGUUUCUUUGAUAAGUGCAUUAAACUAGUAGGUGGAUGUUUGAGUGAUGGGAAAAUGCGGAAGGAGGAAGUGGAUGAUGUGGUGGUUGUUGGUGGAUCUAGUAAACAUUACAUCAGUAUGUUUUGCGGUUUAUCAGGGUGA